CUCCAAACGGAUAGGUGUUUGAAGAUUAAGUCCAACAGCGCUUUCCUUCUCGGACCCCUCACUCCCUCACGGAUCUCCCCUCGAGUCGUCAUCGGCAUCACAUUCUCUCGCUGGCCUCUUGCGACUCAAAAUGACCGGCAUCGCCCAGUCCCCCGAGCGCGAUGUCGCUAGUACGCAAAUGGCUGUCAACACUCCGAUUGGCUUCCUCGACCUCCCCAGUGAACUUCGGAACAUGAUUUAUGACCUGGCUUUGUUUCACGAGGAGUCCAUCGACGCCUGCUACAAUUGCUAUGGACGAGAACGCCGCACAACUGGGCUGCUCCGCGCGAAUCAGCUCAUCUACAGAGAAGCCAGCUCGGUCCUCUAUGGCCGGAACUGCUUUAACUUCGUCCUUGCCGAGCCCGAUCAGUUGGCUUCUUUCUUCAAGCAAAUCGGGCCCAACAAUGCGAGCUACAUUCAGCAUGUCUCGAUCCAGUUCCCGCAGUUCCUCUACCUUAACCCUGAGGAUGUCGCCUUUCAAGACAGAACCAUCAAAAUUCUUGCAGACAUACAGAAAAGCUGCGUUAACUUAAGAGCGCUUACGACAUCCCUGGGUUACUCUCUGGCAGCCCUUACUCCUGACCUCCCGGGUUACCGCGGCGUCAUCGUUAAGGCGCUAGAACUGGUCAACGCUUUCUUUAGAGCGAACCCAUCUUUACGGGAUAUCAAUGUGCAUGUCUACAACGAUGGCCCAAGCGACUACAUUAAGACGGUCAUGGAGAGGUGUGGCUGGACGGUUAGCAUAACAGAACGCGAGGAAGGAUGGGAGGAAGAAUGGGAGGAAGAGAUCCGUUAUGUUGGGUAUGACUAUGGCGAUCAUUACUCUAGUGGUUACGAGUACGGUUUCGAUGAAGACGACUAUGACAGCGACUAUUACCUAGGUAGGUAGCAAGGGCUUUGUUGCGCCCCCCGAAAACAGAAUCUGGUGUUUC